AUGGGCGCAGCGGAACCGCCGAGGAAAAAGCAAAAGCGCAACAAGCCGACCUUGUCUUGCUUUGAAUGCGUCGAGAGGAAAACCAAGUGCGACAGAGGGAGGCCGCAUUGCCUUGCUUGCAUCAAACGUCAGACGGAAUGCAGAUAUGCCCAUGUCGCCAAUCUUCUCGAAGAGACCACGCGAAGCGCAACCAAUGGCCGCCGCAUGACAAAACCGCCCAAGAAAAGGCCCGAAGGCCCCAAGACGGUUAUCCCAAAUGCGGCGGACCGAGGUUUCGAUGUCGAACGCCUCAAGGCACUGGGUUCGGUAGCCACCUCUACUGGCCUCCUUUCCAACGUCCCCUACUCGACCCCAGGGGCGUCCAAUGUCUUUGGCAUCGGAUCAGAACACCCCUUCGCAAACUACUGGACCUGCGACGGCGGCCUGCCCGAGGUAAUCCAGGUGCUUCCCGACAAGCUGCAGGCCGACGCCCUCCUCAUGCGCUACUUUGAGUGCGUGGACCCGGUGUACCCAUUGAUCCACCGCCAGACAUUCUACGCCGACUACGAGCACUUCUGGGCCCUCCCGCGGCCCGAGAAGGAUGUCUCGGAUGCCGCUUUUGUGGCCCUGAUCUUUGUGAUGCUGGCGAUGGGCACGCAGUUUGUCUCGACGACGCCGCCGCCGCAGCGGAAGCACUCAGCCGAGUUUUACGCUUCCGCCAGCAACCAGGCUUUACGUCUAUGUUCGUACCUAAGCACCGCGUCUCUCCGAAGCGUCCAGGCCAUGGUUUUGAUCACAUACUUUCUCAUCAACGACAACCACGCCUCAGACGGAUGGGCAUUUGCCGGCAUCCUCAUGCGGCAAGCAUACGCGAUGGGCUUGCACCGCGACCCGAACAUCGUCGUCCCGCAUGCAUCGCCCUUCGAGAAGCAACAGCGGCGCAAAGUCUGGCAGGCCGUCCUGCUGCAGGACACCUUCCUGACGGUGCUCCUCUCGCUGCCGCCGUCGGCCACGCACACGGACGUGUCGGUCGACGACCUGGUCGUCGAGGACGACCACUCGUCCAUCGGGAGCGACGACCCCACCGACACGGCCUACAUACGCGGGUCCUGGACCCUGGCCAACCUGGUCCAGGAGACCAUCUGCUCCCCGCGCUCGCUCGACCUGCCCAUCUGCUCCACCCCGCGCCACAAGGCCAAGCUGGUCGCCGACUUCCGCGCCGUCUACCGCUCCUUCCCGGACGUCUUUCGCAGCUGGGACAGGGAAUCGCUCGCUGCCGUGUGCGCCGCUGCCGCCUCCGACGGAAGGGACAGGCGGCGCGUCGUGCGCCAGACGCUUUGGCUGAGCAGCAAUUACUUCCACAACCUGAUGCUGGUGCAUGCCUCCGAGACUAAAGGGGUGCCGCUCAACGUGCGCGGCACGCUCGAGGCGGCCCACGACGCCAUCCAGGCCUUCUUUGUGCUCUUUGAGCUGUUUGAGGACGAGGCAAGGGUGUGGUGGGUGUUUAACCACCGCGCAUUUCUCGAGGCGCUGUGCAUGGGCAACGUCCUGCGCGAGGUCGGCAUGAGGGAGGGACCCGAGGCGCUCGAGAGGGAUCCGUUGUUUGUCAGGGCUAGAGCGGAUAUUCACCGCAUGAUACAGAUUAUGCAGAGGAUGUGCGAGGGCGAGCAAGGCUCUCAGACGGCGAGGACUAGGGUGCAGGUCCUGACUGAGUUGCUACUCUAG